GUCCAAUAGUGAAGGUCAGCUAGCAAAGAGUACCUGAAUUUUCACCAGCUCAAUUUUAUUCAGAAUGUGCUACUUGGUUUACACUGCUCGCGUCUGAACCGGGCACCAAGAAGCGGUCGGCAGUUCGGUAUUCGAGAUAACAGAGCUAGUCCUUCGAGUACGCAAAUCGCAGUUCAACGAGAUGAGCGCUCCUGGGGACAAGGCGGAUGCAGCAGAAACCAGAACUACGAGACAGCAUUGUCUUGAGAUCCUGACAAGCGGCUACCCGCAGGCAUUCAAAGAGUUCUUUGAGCUGACGCACAUCCCAACCACUGAGGCAAGCGAGGGCAGGGGAACAUAUGGAGAGGCGCAACUGCUGCCCAGCAUCAGCCUGGUGCUCCUGCGGGGGUACUUGGUGGCAGCCGAAGCAGCAGCGCGCAAAGGAGAAAUGGGCUCUGUGUAUCUAGCUUAUCGUGAGCUGGCAGAACACUUCGAGGCGUCAGAACAGGAACCACCAGCAAUUGAGUACUACCGCAAGUGCCUAGAGAUAGCCCGGGAUGCGAAUCACAGGGGCCUGCAAAUGGAGGCGUACGAGCGGCUGGGCUGCGCACACGAGCGACACGUGGACCUGCUGCAAUCGAUUGCCUUUUUCGAGAAGCAAGCCGCGCUGGCGCAGAGCGGGCCCGACAUACAGAGGGCCACCACGCACCUGCGCGAGGUGUACUGGAAACGAGCGGAGCAACUAGAGCGGGAGAAGGACUACCCAGGGGCGAUUGCCGACUACCAAGAAGUGGUGGCGGCUGCGCAGACGCUGGGCGACGUGCGGUGGGAGGGGCAGGCGUGCUACCGGCUGGGUCUGGUGUUCACGCGCACCGGCGACCCCACCACCGCGCUGCCGCACCUGCACAAGUACCGGGACAUCUGCCAGCAUGAUGGCGACCGGGUGGGCGAGGGCCAGGCGUGCUGCGCGCUCGCCGAGGCGUACCAGGCGGUGGGCGACACCGGGGAGGCGCUCGCGCACCUGGAGGCCUUCCUCGCGGUCGCCAACACCGCGGAGCCCGCGCUCCAGGCGCGCGCGUGCUGCAGCCUGGGCGUCAUCUACGGGCAGCAGGGCGACCUGGAGCGCGCCCUGGCCUACUUCGAACAGUUCUUCGCUCUGGCCACCACCACGGCCGACCGCGCCAUGAUUGAUGCGGCCCGCACGCACCUGGGGCGCGCGCGAGCGCGCAUGAACAUGGGCACCUUUAUGAGUACCGUCGAGAGCGCAGACGGUAACGCACAGAGCCUCUUGGGGUGGAAGCUCGACCGGCUGCCGCUGCAAAUGGCGGCGCAGUCAGGCUGAUCAACCGGGGGGGAAGUCCUUCUUGGAGCCG